AUGCCGCGAGUCGCCCCCUUUUACGCCGUCAAGUGCAAUCCCCAGCCGGCGUUGCUGCGCCUGCUGGCCGCGCUGGGAGCCGGCUUUGACUGCGCGUCCAAGGCCGAGUUGGAGGCUGUGAUGGCGCUGGGUGUGCCGCAGGACCGGAUCAUUUUCGCACACCCCUGCAAGCGCCCGCUCGACCUGCGGUUUGCGGCGGCGGCGGGCGUGCGUUUGACUACUUUUGACUGCGAGGGAGAGCUGUCAAAGGUGCAGGAGCUGUGGCCGACGGCGGAGCUGGUGCUGCGGCUGCGUUGCGACGAUCCGGAGGCGCGAGUGCCGUUGGGCCUCAAGUACGGCGCAGACCCGUCAGAAGCGCACCGCCUCCUGGCUGCUGCCAAGUCACUCGGCCUGCGUGUCGUCGGCGUCUCCUUCCACGUCGGCAGCAGCUGCAAGAACCUGGGUGCCUUUGAGCGCGCCAUCUCGUCCGCGCGCGCAGCUUUUGACCAGGGCCUGGCACUAGGCCAUGACAUGCGACUCCUUGACAUCGGGGGCGGGUUUACGGGACGGUUUGACCAGUCGGGCUGCGUCGUGAUCUCGGAGAUAGCCAGAGCGGUCAACGCAGCGGUCAACGCCCAUUUUCCUGUUGAGGGCGGCGUGCGUUUGAUCGCGGAGCCGGGGCGCUACUUUGCAGAGGCGUCGGCGGUGCUGGCGGCUCACUAA